AUGUCAAGAUCAGAUUUAGAUGAUUUAGAUGAUCAACUAUACAACAACCAAUUCGACUUUGAUCAAUUUGAUCAAGUUGAUUUGAUGUCUUUAGCCUCCUCAACUUAUCCAACUCAAACAACAACAACAACAGCGACACUAUUAACAAGCGGAACGACGUCAUCAUCAGCUAAUAACAAGCAACAACAAGAUGAAGAUACUGCUACUGAAAGCGAAAAUGACAAUAAAAAGUCAUCGUCUCAAAAAAUCACCAAAAAACCUAAAUCUUGGAGCAAAGAAGAAGAUAAGGUGAUUUAUGAAUUAUUAUUUGAGAAUAUUCAAAGACCUUCUCCCAACGAUCUUGUGGAACAACUUCCCGAACGUUCCAAAUCAGCGAUAAGACAUCGAAUUGAUAAUCUUUAUACGAAAUUGCGUAAAUUUCCAGAUUUAGAGGAAGAAGUCGAUUAA